ACACGAGCGCCCAUGGAGCCCAUGGAUAUCGACGAUUUCCAAAAUGCGUCAGAUGCUUUCCUGACUUGGCUCAAGAACAAUGGUGCAACGAUAUCCUCCAGCGUACAACUCGCAGAUCUCCGAGGCCGGGCUGCUGGCAGAGGAGUUGUGGCUACGCAAGACCUGUCCGAGGACGAAGAGCUGUUCAGUAUACCACGAGCAUCCAUCUUGACCAACGAAACCACAGACCUUCCGGCAAAUCUCCGCAAAGAACUCGACCAUCCAUGGCUAUCUCUGAUACUCGUCAUGGUACACGAGUACCUGAAAGGUACAAAGUCGUCUUGGUAUCCCUACUUCAAUCUUCUGCCCGAGACAUUCGACAGUCUGAUGUUCUGGUCCGACGAAGAAUUACUAUCUCUCAAAGGCAGCGCAGUAGUGGACAAAAUUGGCAAAGAAAGCGCCGACUCCACUUUCACUGAGCAGCUCAUUCCACUCAUUGCCCAACAUGCAAACAUCUUCCAAACCGCCGGCCGCAGUAACGACGAACUCCUCUCUCUCUGCCAUCGCAUGGGCAGCACCAUCAUGGCCUACGCCUUCGACCUCGAAAAGCCCGAACCCUCCCAACCUCCCAACCAGCAAGACGACGAAGAAUGGGAAGAAGAAGAAAGCGCAAUAUCUCUCCCCAAAGGCAUGAUCCCCCUAGCCGACAUGCUCAACGCCAACGCCGACCACAACAACGCCAAACUCUUCUACCAAGACGACAAAGUCGUCAUGAAAACUCUCCAUGCCGUGCGCGCCGGAGAAGAGCUCUUCAACGAUUUCGGCCCUCUGCCCCGAUCGGAUCUGCUGAGAAGAUAUGGUUAUGUUACAGACCAAUAUGCGAAAUAUGAUGUUGUGGAAAUUUCCGAGGAAUUGAUCAAAGAGCAAGCUAUUGCAAUAGGAGGAGGAGGAGUGCAGCAAGAAGAGAAGGAGAAAAAGAAAAAGAAAGAUCUCGAGGAUAAAUGGACCUACGCAGAAGAGCAAGGCAUAACAGAUGACGCCUACGACAUCGCGCGAGCAAAUUGCUCAGCAGACAGAGAAGGACAACAACAACAAUUUCCCGAAGAGUUGUGCAUCUUGCUCAAUUUGCUCGUGCUUCCCUCUGCAGAAUUCGAAAAGUUGAAGAAAAGGGAUAAAUUGCCCAAAGCGGAGUUGACGAGUGAUGCGAAAAAUUUGUUGCGCGCGAUUCUUGUGCAUCGCUAUGCGGAUUAUCCGGUGGAGAUGCUGGUUCCUUCUUCCAUGGGAGCAGGAGGGCGAACGGCGCGGUUUGCUAUGGCGGAGCAGGUCAUUAUGGGGGAGAAGCAGGUUCUGCAGGAAGCUGUCGCUGCGGUUUCGGAAGCGAAUGGCAACAAUGACAACAAGAGGAAGAGAUCGGCCGAGACACUCGAGGACGAAGCAAAUGCCAUUCGGCAGCCCGCGAAGAAAUAAGAAAGAGAGGAACAUGCAAAAAAAGUCAAGAAAAAACAUAUGUUCGUACAAGGGGUAUCAUCGCUAUCCUAUCUCUCACAACCAGCGCUGUCUGAUAUCGCGCGUGGGGGUCAGAAGUCGAAGCCAACAACAACGAGUCUUUGCCAAGAAUUCCAUCAAGAUGCGCCUGAGGCUUGCGUGUUCGGGACUUGACCUGCGGCUGCGGCUGCUUGCACCAUGGCCGUCUGGUCACCACUUGGACGAUACGUGCGCUCCACUCGAUUGCUCGUCGCCACACGAUAGUCAAAUAUUUUACUCGUCGGCACGGGGUAAUAGUCUUCCGCUUCCUCGUCGCUGUCCGCAUCAGAAACCACGCCGUUGAAUAUCGUGCCUCUUGGUCUGUGCUUGCACAGUUCCAAAUGCAUUCGCCCUCCACGACCACGCCGGAGUCGACAUAGCGGUGCGUCCAUACGUUGUCGCUUCGUCUCUGGCUCAAGAGAAUGCUCGUCCGCAGAAUCAUCGCGUUUCGCUGACACUGGCUGCAUCGAGAUACGGAAUUGCGGUUCUGUUGCAAUCCUGCCAUCCAUAUCGAGCUUGGGCUUGUGCUCUUCCAUUUCAACAUCGCCAUCCCCAUCGCCAUCGCGGUCCUGCGAGCUCCUUGACGGCAGUGAUGGCGGGGGCGUCGGGUAGCCCAUCGGCCCUGCUGCUAGCAAAGGUGACCAUUUCGGCGGAUCGUCUACCAAAUCUGGUGGUGGUGUGAGUGGCUGCCAUGUCUUGUCUUGCCAGUCCUUGUUCCACCGACGAUGCUGCUCUUUCCGAUUGUCGACCAUCUGAAUCACAUGGUCGACAACCUGGCCGUGCAGGUCAUCCAAGGAUAUAAGAUCGUUUUCGGGAGCAGAUUGCAUCCUCGGAGCAAGACGUAUUGUUGCGCCGGACCGACCACCGUCCUGCCGCGACUUGGGUUUGGGCUGUGGUCUUUGGUUGACCAACAGCUCCUCAUCCUCACCUUUCUCCCCGAUAAUGUUCUUACUGACUUUGACUUCCUUAAGCUUUCGCCGUUGUUCGAAGACUGCCCGGGUAGCCUCCAAUUGUUGCUGAUGGAGUUCUUCGCGAUUGCGCACCAUCUGGACCAAUUGUCGCGCCGUUUCGAGUUCCACACGAAGCUUUUUGAGCUUCUCCACGACUUGAGCAUCACGGCCUCUGGUCUUGCGCGUCUGUCGAGCUUCACGACGACGGAAGCAGACAUAUGGGUCGGCAUCGUCCGCCUCGGAUGUCGUAUCAAGAACUCUGACCUUGAUGUACGGCAUCAGCGGAUGGCCAUGACCGGACUUCCGCCUUUCCCAAUGCUGGUAGAUGGGCUUCAGGAAGUGCUGGGCCUCCUGCGACAACGGCUCAUCACGCGCUUGCUCCAGCUCCUCCAACGACGGAACUGGAGCGUUGGUAAGAUUUGCAAAAGGUUUGAGGCGCUGGCUGUAUUCCUCAAGAAAGGACAUGGCCUCUUCGAAGGCCUCCUCCGAGCACUGAUGCGAUUUGUCUUGCAGCGUCUCGCCGUGGACAUCUUUACCUUCAUUCAGUUGCCGAACGAGAAAUUCAUUGUCAGCUUCGUCCAUGCAGUAUGCCGUGCCGACGGAGUCUUCCACGGUCGUGCUGAACCUGAUGUAGGUGGCAGGGUCCUGAAACCCCUUUGGGUAAAGCUCGUCAUAAUUGACGCCUUUGGCACGAACAGCAUCUGGAGUGGGAAUAUAGUUCUGCUCGGUUUUGAUGCCGGCAGUGACGGUAUUUGCUGCAUUGAUGACAGCUUGCAGAUGGAUUUCCUGAUGAAGUCAGCGAUGGUAAGUUGUUGUAGUCAGCGUGGGUGAGUACUCACGAUUUCCUCAGCUUUCUCAACACCAGUAUCGACCUGAGGAAUGUGUUGCUGAGAUUCAUCGGUGGCUUCUUCGAGCUCAUUCUCACGAAUCACCCGAAGCGGCUGCUUUGUGUUUAACUUGCGUUGUCGUACAUGGCGUGCAUUGCUGGCUCUGGUUGUCGACAUAGAGGCAGAGCGCGGCCGCCGUCCCUCGCACGUUCCGCGCAGAAGGAAGGCGCUGCUGGUCGGGUGAUUGUGCGAGCCUCAGGCAUCCAAAGCAGAGAUUUCUGCGACCGGUCGCCGCGCGACGUGCGGUGCAAAAGCGGUCCAACGGGGCCACAAUCGCGAUGAAAUAUGCUCAAAACGGCGAUGUGUCAGUGUGCAAUG